AUGGCCUGCUCACCCCAAUCGACCACCACCGCAACCACGACCACCACGAAGACGACGGUGACCACGCUCUCUUCCGCCCUGACUGAGAUCUCCAGCUCGAAGCCCCUCAAGCGAUCGCUCUCGAACCAGGUGGAGUCGGAGUCCACCGUGUCGACCGAGGACAGCGGGAAUUCGACCUCGGACGCCCCCAAGAAGCCGGCCAUCAGGGUCGUGCGGAUCUCCGUCACGGACAGCGACGCCACCGACUCCUCCAGCGACGAGGAGCGCGAGGGGCCGGAGGGCAACCGCCGCCGCUGGCGCAAGGUGAAGCGCUACGUCAACGAGAUCAGGAUCGAGCCGGCCGAGAAAUCGCAGGCGCAGGUGCAGUCGCAGGCGCAAUCACCGCCGCCGCCGGCCGCCAAGAAGGCCGCUGGCGGCGGCGGCGCAGGAGGAGGAUCAGGGACGAAGUCGAAGAGGUACAGGGGCGUGAGGCAGCGGCCGUGGGGGCGGUGGGUGGCAGAGAUCAGGGACGGGCGGCUGAGGCAGUGGCUGGGGACCUACGACACGGCCGAGGAGGCGGCCAUGGUGUACGACAGGGCGGCGCUGCGCCUGCGGGGGCCGAACGCGCCGACUAACUUUGGGAAGCAGGAGUGUGGGUUCGCAUCGCACACGGUGGUUCCCUUCAAGAAGAACAAACUGUACAGGUGCUGUGCUUGA